CGCGAAGAAAUCAAUUGGUUUACCUUACCUCGUAAGAAGAUAUUAAGAGAUACUGGACGUUGAGUAUUGGAAGCACGAUUGUGCGUUUUGCAAACUUCUCAAGGUCGUUUGGCUGGAAGUUGAUUGCUAGGAAAUCGUUUUGCUUAAAUGCUGCGGUUUGUCACUCGCUGCUUAUCUUCAUGUAGUUUAUACAAAGGAGCUUACAAAAGCAGCGGUGCUUUUCAAAGUCGGCCUCAGAUAAUGAAAUAUGGGACACUAAAAUCUCUUGCUGUGGGAAUACCCUUCAUUUACUUGGGGUCUGUAAUCAGUAGAACAGGUGCGGAACUUCUGGAGGAGUGGGAUAUUUUUAUUCCUCAGGAUGACUAGUUGCAUGCCGACAUUUGUUUGUGCACAAGUUUCUUACGUUCACCUUUGAAACUUCAUAUACUGCGCCCACUUGAACUAAUUCUUAUUCAUGUCACCUUACACAUUAUUGUUAGCUUUUAGUCGAAGAUAACUGUUGUUGUGUUAAAAAUAAAUUGAUGCAGUUCCCAGUCUUGAUAA